CGUGUCCCCAGGACGCGCAGGCGGAGGAGGAGAUCCGGCAGGAGAUGGCGGCGCUGCAGCAGCGGCUGACGGAGCAGCAGAGCGUCCUGCAGCGCAUCGCCGCGCCCAACAUGAAAGCCAUGGAGAAACUGGAGAGCGUCCGCGACAAGUUCCAGGAGACCUCGGACGAGUUCGAGGCGGCCCGCAAGCGCGCCAAGAAGGCCAAGCAGGCGUUUGAGCAGAUGAAGAAGGAGCGGUUCGACCGCUUCAACUCCUGCUUCGAGGCCGUGGCCACCAACAUCGACGAGAUCUACAAAGCGCUGUCCCGCAACAGCAGCGCCCAGGCAUUUUUGGGACCGGAGAACCCCGAGGAGCCGUACCUGGACGGGAUCAAUUACAACUGUGUGGCCCCCGGGAAGCGUUUCCGGCCCAUGGACAACCUGUCAGGGGGGGAGAAAACCGUGGCUGCGCUGGCCCUGCUCUUCGCCAUCCACAGUUACAAACCCGCGCCGUUCUUCGUGCUGGACGAGAUCGACGCCGCGCUGGACAACACCAACAUCGGCAAGGUGGCCAAUUACAUCAAGGAGCAGUCGGCCGCCAACUUCCAGGCCAUCGUCAUCUCCCUCAAGGAGGAAUUCUACACCAAGGCGCAGAGCCUGAUCGGCGUCUACCCGGAGGUACAGCCC